AGAGACUGAGAAAUUAGAACAAUAAAAUUGAAUUAUUGAAGAGGAGAGGAAGAAGAAGAAGAAGAAGAUGCAGAUCUUUGUGAAAACUUUGACGGGGAAGACUAUCACUCUUCAAGUGGAGAGCAGCGACGCCAUUGACGAAGUCAAGGCCAAGAUCCACGACAAGGAAGGAAUCGAACCCGAGCAGCAGCGAUUGAUCUAUGCGGGAAAGCAACUUGAAGACGGAAGAACCUUGGCGGACUUCAACAUCCAGAAAGAAUCGACGGUUCAUCUGGUGCUGAGGCUUCGGGGAGGAGGCCGCGGGAUGAUCAGGAUCGAGCCCAAUCUCAAAGCUCUGGCACUCAAAUUCAAUCAGGACAAGAUGAUCUGCCGCAAGUGUUACGCUCGUCUUCCUCCCAAGGCCACCAACUGCAGGAAGAAGAAAUGCGGUCACAGCAAUGAGUUGAGGCCGAAGAAGGUAAUGGAUAAGUACCAGCCGGUGUAGAUCAGAGUUCUCCUGGCUAGCUUCGUUCCGAUCAUCCGCCGGAGUCUCCAUUACGCCGGCGGCCGGCCCAAUUAAAUAUCGAUCGAUUCCUCUUUUCUUAUACGGAGUAUUCAUUCUGCCACUUUUUAGUCUCUAACGUUGGGGUGGCAUUAAUGUUUUACUCCGUAUUUGUUUGCUAAGUCGUCCUUUUACUCUUCAACUAAUGAAUGAUUCGUGUUUUA